AUGACCUUUCCCAAUUUCUUAAUCAGGUUUGGAAAGAAGAAAGAGGAUAAAGGUGUGAAAGGGGAUCAGAAAGGGAACUCCAAGCCUGGAACUCUCAAAGAAGAAGAAUUGGAAAAGAUGAAGGAGGAGCGGGAAAGAAUUGGUGCAAAACAUCAAGAGCUACGACAGAAGCAGAACAGGGGACCUGCUGAAUAUUUGAUUGGUCCUGUGGGCCCACCACCUGAUAUUGACGAUGAUGAGACAGAUCCAAAUUACGCACGAGUUAAUCACUUCCGAGAAAUGUAUCCAGCUGCCAAUGCCUACAGGCCAUCCUCUCCACCUGCUCCAGAAACCUUUGGAUGUGACAGUCUUCCAGCACCUGCAGACAGGGACCACUUAGAAGGAUUGUAUGCUAGGAUCAACAAGCCAUCCCAUCAGCAGGCUCCUGUUGAGAGUGACCGUCCAAGUGCUGGAACUGCAGAUCGCAUCCAGAAGUUACGGAAAGAAUACCAUCAGGCAAGGCGAGAAGGCAUUCCUUUUUAUGAUGAAGAUGAAGGCCGAGGAAGGCCAUCUGAUCAGCACUGGGUGUCUGGAAAAGUUCCAGAUGGGACUUCACACCAUCUCCAGUUUGAAGGAAUAGAAAGGCAAUAUGCCUCCUUACCCAGGCAUGGACCUGUAGAACCAGUGGAGUACAUAACGGGACUACGGGUACCAUACAAAGAGCGAGAUCUUCCUUACUUUCAAGGAGGCCAGCCUGCCGUUCAUCCUUCCAAAGGGAGCUACCUCCAUCCACAUGAUGGCCCAAGGGCAACAGAGUUAUGGUACCCUCAGUAUUACCCAACAAAACCAGUGGCCCAGCAUAAAGGACCCCUCCGCCAAGAUGUACCCCCAUCACCUCCUCAGGGCCACAGGGUUCUGCCUUACAGCGAAAUGGGCAGAGUGGGGCCCCGUCCAGCUGGUCCUGGUCACUACCAAUAUAAGCAUCAAGAUCCACGGCAAAAGGACCCCAUGACUGCAGCUGUAUAGCUUAAAGCUGAACUCUCUUUGGCAUCUUAUAAGAAGAAAAUUGACAUCAUUCCUCAGCUGGCCUUGCCGAGCUUGUCUACUGCAGGGGAGACGUCCUUUAACCGUGGCCAAUCAGCACCUGGGAUAUAUUCCUAAAUGUAUUACAUGCUCGUACAAAAUGGUACAUGACUUGUAGGUAGCAAUGUAUCAGAGAUAUUUUUUUAACAAAAAGAUGGCUUCUAUGUAGAAGGUGGUCAAUGAAGAAUAUGUGGAAUUUCAAAGCACACCACAAAGUGCCAUUCAGGGCUGUUUGCAGCUGUCACAAGCACAUAUCUGAGGAGUCUUUGUUUUGAAAAAGGUUUCAGAAGUGGCAUCUAAUCAGUGUAACGUACUUAGUAUACAGCAGGUCCUUCCUUAUGCAGACCUUUUCCAAGUGGAGAAUCUCCAACUUGCAGGGUCCAAGUUAACAAGGGGCUUUGAUGCAUUCCCUUUAUGGGGUGAACUGCAACUUACUUUGUUGUCAUGAUAUCAGAAAUAUUGUACUUUGCACUCAUUUUAAUUUUCUCAGUCAUCUUUUUAGUUCCCUUGGGUUUGUUAGAUUUUCUGUUUGUUCUUCUUUAUUGGUCACAUAUCAAGAUUCAUGCUCUCUCUCUCUUCCUGCUUCAGUUUUCUAAUAUCAAAAAAUACAAAUGGACAAAUGGAGGAGGAAAAUUGUAACCCUGUAGUGGAUGCCAAUGUCCUGUGGUGUUUUAUUGUGAAGGCUCCAGGAAGAAAAUAUUAAAAAGCCCAAUAUCCAACCUCUCCUUUCCUGAUAAUGGGCCACGGUUCUACUCAGAUGGGAGCUGGGCAUUAUAGGGUUCUGGGAGGAAGGGAGAGAAAUCUCUCACAGGUUACUAGGAAGAGUAGGAGGGGGUCCUUUCAACACUAUAGGACUGUAUUUGCCACCAAGGCUAAUGAGGCUUCUGAAACCUUGCUCAGUUAGGCAUUUUGAACAAUUUCAGCAUAUCUUUUUAAUUCCUCAGAUUUCAGUUUCAGAGACAUUUAAAGCCUCUGUUUUAGCCCAUUUUUCUGUGAGGGAAAGACCUUGGGCCUGGCCACGGAAAUGAUCUGUUGGUUUUCUUUUGGUAUGCAGCAAAUUAACAGGAUUCAUUACACAGGUCAUCUCAUAAUUAUUAUAUAUCGUACUGAGGGGUCAUCUACCAGGCACAGCCAUUUAUCAUUUACCCUUUCUGAAAUGGCUUCAUUAUACCGGGUGGCCUCAGGAGACAUGGCGCAUAGUGAAUCUAUCACGCACACAAAUUUGCGUUGCUGCAUUUCAAAGUGUCAGCUCCUUUAGUGCCCAUGAAAGAUUCAACGGUUUUGUAUAGAAUCCACAGGCCCAGCAUUGUUGUCCUGAGCAUUAAUAUUCAGGUAAGUAAUUGAAUUUUAACAAAACUUGCAGCCUCAGAUUCAAAGUCCCCAAGUAAUGAUUAGUGGGUUUUGAAUCCAAGGUUGCAUGCCAUAUCCUUCAGUAGAUCUGAAUGUCAUAUACAUUGCUAAACAGGAGUAAGAAACACUCAGUGACUGGAAAUACCAUAUAUGCUUCUGUGAUUAAUUUUGAGAGAAAAGACACCAAGAACUGACUUAUCCACAUAAUUAUUCCUUGAUUAUUUAUUUCUAAACAAAAAUUCACCCUAAUGUAAAAUAGAGAUAUUAGCCAUAUCAAAGCCAAUGACUAUUUCUAGUAUAUGAAUUUAAUUUCAGGUGGCUGUGAAUGAGUAGCUAGAAAUGAGCUGCAAGUAAGUGUGAGUAUAUGUUGCUAUUUCACAUUAACUGUAUUGAUUUGCAUCUUGUUUGUAUUAAGCGAGCCACUGAUUCUUGUGACCUCCCAGUGCUAUCAUGUUAGUGUACAUUGUAUGAGCUUAGUCUGAAGUGAAUGGCAAGUUGCGUACUCCUUGAAUUGAGAUGAACCACUACAGUUUAGAAAGAAAACGGUGACAUUUUAAAAAUAAUAUUUUAUUACAUAAAGUCUCUUCAGUAUACAAAUAUAAAAGAAUAAGAGCAAUUUUAACAUAAAAUGCAGUUAUUGGUGCCUACAGUCAAAUCCACUUUGAAAAGUGGUAUUUGGUGAUUCCUGGUCUGUGGUACAUUUCCCAGUCAAUCAUGAUGAAGUCAUUCAAAGCCUUCUUUUCAUACUGGGUUUUACUUUCUUUUUUCUUUUCUUUUCUUUCAUUUUUUUAAAACUUUUUGAUCUAAUUUCAGUUCCUUCUUGUAACAUGUGCAGCACGUUUUGAAAAUAGCAUGUAAAGAGUGUUUUCCUCCUGUCUUCUUUGUUACGUCAAACUAUGUUGGGCUUUUCCUGUGUUUAUAAUUUACUUGCAAACAGUGGACUUUACUCAGAACUCAAUCCUUAGCCCACACUGAGUGGCCAGUGUUUGGCAUUUCUUAGUCAAGUAGAUUGCAAGGGUGUCACAGCCAAGUUGCCUUCCUACCAAGCCAGGGUCAUUUAAGAAAGCCUCUGGGCCUGUUCCCAGUACUUCAGCUCUCCUACAUCAUCUUAUGCCUUGCUUUUGGAUUUGGAAAUUGGCCUCAGAUGCAUACAGGCAAACAAUUAUUGGGAAGUCCCUAAACUUUGAAUAAGAAGCAGAUAGACAUAGGAAUCAAAUCAAAAACACUUUCACAACUCCCUGUAGAGUGCAACUCUUACGCCUAUGGCCUCUGUGGGAUAGACCACAUAAACUGUAGGAUUUUGAGAUGAACAAAGGCUUGGCAGCUGUACAAUGGGGCAGAAAGGGUCAAAAGAGUAAAAGAUAGUAGAGAUAGUAAAAAUACCCACUACUUUUGUGUAAAUGGACUCUAACUAUACAUUACAACUCUUCAUUAAAAGAAACACAUAUCAGUAACACUGGGUUAAUCUAGCUUGAUCUGAUUUAAAAGGAGUUUUGGAAAACAAGCUUCUUGCCUUGUGUUGCCUCCUAACCCUUUCUUGUGCCAUUUUAUUUCAGUUUACAAGGAUAACUGACAGCAUUUCAGAAGCAAGGGAUGCAUCCAGAUUGAAUGGCUUGAACCUGUCUAGGUUAUUUACGGCCUUUGAUGUGCAAUGCUCAGUUGUUUCUAUGUAACCUGAAAUGCCUUCUAAAAUUCCCGUUGGCUGCAGUGGCACCAUUUGGUAGGGCAAGGAAGGUCAAACGGAGACCUUUUCAACCAUUAAUCUUAGCCAAUGGUUUAUUAAACAGUAGUUCUGUUUUUAGAACAGUAGGAGACUUCCUCCCUCCCCACCAUAGAUGCAACUCAGUUUAUACAGGUGCUUUAUACACUACAGAUAGCUGUGGAGGGGUAAAAACCCUUGACCCCUCUUGGGACAGAAUUUCUCCUCAUUACUCCAAAGUGCCAAGAUCCUGAAUGUGGGGCUGGAAAGCACUUGACUGCUUUAAUUGACUCAGUGUAUGUGGUUGUGUGUGUAAAGAGAGUGGGAGAGUGUGUGCUUCUCUUCAAUAAUGUCAAACAAACUAUAUCAGCACUAUAUUGCAAGCAAAUGUGUAGUGCACAUAUAUAUCACAAGAUGCUUAGUUGAUAGAUUGAAGCACACACAAACACACAUACACACAAGAUGAAUUGUGAGCUGCUCCCUCUUCCGAUGAACCUGUAUGUGUGGAAAAGUUUUGGCUCAGGAAAGGUCCUUUUGUAUUCUACAAUGUCUUGACCUUGUUUAUAUUUUUAAAACGUGCCAAUGCAGCAGGAGCAAUCUCCUAAGUGAAUGCUGGUUUCUUGAAUGAUCACAGGUUUCAAGGCGGAUACCUGUUACCCUUCCUGAACAUGUCCACAGCAUGGAAUGCACAUCCAUGUUGUGAAGAGUUGAGAUGCCUCUCUGGGACUCCAGACAAAUAGAUAUCUUUCACUACAGCCCCAGUUUGACUUUAUGUCUAGUCUGAGUGUGUAUACAUGACCUAAGGACUAAAUUCCUCUGUUUUCUACUUUACCAGGCACCCUUGUUAAUUUUUCCAAUUUUUUCAAAAUGUCAGGAGGAAGCAAUAAGGGUACAUGGGAAUGUAAAAAGGUAUAGGGCCCUGAGCUUGUAUAGAUGACCAAAUUACCUUGUAAUGCCUUGCCCAGAAGUAGGGGGAAAUUGACCAGUAAGAAGCACCAAGUUGCAAAUCAUGGUCAUCUGAAUUUACCCACACUGUGGGCUGUUUCCAGCUUUACCCCCCAAUAUGGCUAGAGAAGAGGUUUAGGCAACCAUGGUAAGCCACGUAAACAGAGCUUACAUAGAUGUGCAUAGCUAUAAAGCCUGGUUGUUUAGAGCAUGCCAGUGGGAGCCAGACUGGAGGAGGGGGUCACCAGGUUAGUAGAAAGACAGGGCUACCAAUAUUGGUUUCAGACCAGAGGUGUCAAGUGCCUUACUCUGGCCUUGGAUAGUUAUUCUGUGAGUGCUGGGUUGGCUUAAGCAUUGCAUUUGGAAUAAGGGCCUGGCUGAAAGCCCACUAAACUUACUGGAAACAUCAGUAUACUUUGGAUCAAACUCCAGUUGCUUUUUUAAAAUUUUAAGUGGAUCAUAUAUGAGCAAUUAAAGAUUUAAUAUCAACAGUUUCCUGAACCUCCAGUUGGUGCUAGGCUGCAUUAGAGAGGGGAAUUAACACUAUUCAGAACAGUUGAGAAGGUGGCUCUUUGAAUAACCUAAAAGCCAGGGAGUGGAACUAGGAAACCUACUUUCCAGACAGCAUUCGGUAGCAGCCACAUUCCAGUUCAUAACAUUAACGAGAAACAGCUUUACCUUCUGCCCAGUUCUUCUAUAAUGUGAAAGUGGUACUGCCUUCUUACUGUCCUUCCUUCCUUCCUUCCUUAGAUGGAAUGAAUUCCAUCUUUCUUAUGGAAAUUAAGAGAUGGGUAUUUACCCUCCCAGAUCAGGCCCACAAACAUAACUUUUUUGCGAGAGUAGUCCCACUAUAUUUAGUCUAGUGGUGUUUGCUUCUCAAUGCUAAAUAUAACAUUUUAAUCUUUAUUUCACAAGCCAGCCAUUUCAAACGAUUUUGGACUUAAUCCCACUGAUUUUGGUAGUUGAAACUGUAAUAAAGAGUUGCUCUGGUUUGUACAUUGCCACCCCGACUAUACUUUUGUUUUCGGAUAUAUAUUUGUGUGCAUUGAAGAAAUGUUUAAAAGUUCAGAAAAUUUAUUUUGGGAGGAAAUACAUUUGUUACUACAAGAUCAAAUUUGAGUUUUUCACUUGUUUUUGUUAUAUAUCACUAUAUAAAUGUUAAAACAAUUUUAUUUUGCAUUAAAAUAAAGGCUUUAAGAACAA